AUGGAAACGGCGGUUCGAUUAGGCGAUAAUAGAAAACUAUUCCGCCUUCUUCAUAAAGCAACUAUAACUCAGGGAAUGGUCAGUAAAAUGAUACAAGGUAAUAAUGGUGUGCCUGUUAAGCCUAUUAAGGAUCGCCUCAUAAAGUGGACAAAAUUCUUUGAGGCCAUACCAUCACCUUCGCUGUUUAGGCCAAUUUUUCAUCGUCCACCACAAGAUUUGAUAUAA